AGUUGUUGGUUCUGACAAGGCUCAAAGAUAUGAGGAACACUCUACUUCUGUGGUUCCUAAUGUUGCUCACCAUCCUCACAUAUUCAGCCUGUGCAAGCAAAGCUAAUGCAGAACAUGAUGAUUCUAGGAUUUCCAAGUCACCAUUACAGCCUAGAUAUAUGUAUGGCGUGAUCAUGGGAUCAAAUGAAACAAGCAAUCAAAGAAGAGUUCCAAGAGUCAAUAAUGUAAAGCAUGAUGGAAGCCUUUCACAUAUAGGAAAGCCAAUCAAUGGUGCUUCAAGUGACUUGUUACGACGUCCAAAUGGCAAGAGACAUUCAAGCUCCUUUUCUAGCAAGCCUUCAUCUUUGCUCAGGGCAGCUCUCAAGCAUCUCUUCCUUGGAUUGCUUCUAUUUGCUUGCUACUAUUGAUUUCCCGGGGCCACAUGCUUCAUCCUGAAACACACUUUAAUAGGAGAAAGAAUAAUAAAAAUUAAGAACUCAAUAACUAACCUCCUAUGUUCAUGUCAUAAGACCCUUAAGUCCAGCCAAAAGCUGUUCCCCCCACCCCUUCUCUCCCUUAUAAAUUCCUGCUCACAGCAUCUGAUAGCAAGAUGAUGCUAAUGCUUUUUUCUUUUUCCUUUUUGGCCCCCCUUUUUUGCUAUUUAAAAUGAUAAGCUAGCUUUUGCCU